AUGACUGCAGCUGAUACUCAUUCUAUUACCAGUGUUGAUGUUCAAGAACACAAUAGACACAUUAUCCGUCCUCCCAAAUUUACUUGGCCAGCUAUUCGAAAAUAUGCAAUUACAAGAGUUACUUCAUUAUGGGUUGGAUGGGAUGAAUUGAAACAAUAUUCCUGGCAUGAAGUUCUUAAUCCAUUUGAACCAUUAGUUGAAUUAAAUUUACAUCAAUGGAAUUUUUUCUUUUUAGGAUUUUGGGCAUGGACUUGGGAUGCAUUAGAUUUUUUUAUUACUUCAUUAAAUGUAUCUAAUAUUGCUAAAGACUUGGAUUCUACAGUUAAAGAUGUCUCAUGGGGGAUCACAUUAGUGUUGAUGUUGAGAACUGUGGGGGCAUUAAUAUUUGGGGCUAUUGGUGAUACUUAUGGUAGAAAAUGGCCUUAUAUUAUUAAUUUAUCAUGUUUAAUGGUGAUUCAAAUUGGUACUGGAUUUGUCACAACUUUUAAUCAAUUUUUAGGUUUGAGAGCAUUAUUUGGAGUUGCCAUGGGUGGAUUAUUUGGUAUUUGUGCAGCUGAAGCAUUAGGUGAUGCUCCUAAAAAGGCAAGAGGGGUAUUGUCUGGUAUUUUUCAAGAAGGUUAUGCAUUUGGUUAUUUGUUGGCAGUUAUUUUCCAAAGAGCUAUUGCUGACACUACAGAAAAGACUUGGAGAUCAGUAUUUUGGUUUAGUGCAGGUCCACCAAUCAUUUUCAUUAUUUGGAGAUUUAUUAACCCAGAAACCGAUUCUUAUCAACGUCAAAAGGAAAGAUUCGAUCAAGGUGCUUUACAAAAAAAUUCUAAAACUGCUGAGUUCAAAUCACAAGCUAAGAAAGCUUUAAAUCAAUAUUGGUUGAUUAUUGUUUAUUUGAUCUUUUUAAUGGCUGGGUUCAAUUUUUCUUCUCAUGGGUCUCAAGAUUUAUAUCCAACAAUGUUAACUCAACAAUAUCAUUAUGGUAAAGAUAAAUCAACUGUGGUUAAUGUAUGUGCCAAUUUAGGUGCAUUAGCUGGUGGUAUUGUCAUAUCCCAUUUAUCAACGUUUAUUGGUAGAAGAACAGCAAUUUUGAUUGGUAAUAUCAUAGCUGGUAUUAUGAUAUACUUUUGGGCAUUUCAUCCAAUGUGGAUCACUGCUUUUUUCAUGCAAUUUGGUAUUCAAGGUUCUUGGUCAGUGGUGCCAAUUCAUUUAUCAGAAUUGUCUCCUCCACAGUUCCGUUCAUUUGUCAGUGGUGUGCUGUAUCAAUUGGGUAAUUUAGUUAGUUCUGCAUCUUCCACCAUUGAAGCCACAAUCGAAGAACAGAUUCACGAUUAUGGUAAAACCAUGGCCAUCUUUAUUGGUGCUGUUUUGGCUUACUUGAUGUUUGUUGUGUUUAUUGGUCCAGAAAAUAGAGGUGCUGAGUUGGGUGUUGAAAGAGAUGAUGAAUAUAGUGCGUACGAUAGUGAAAGAGAAGAUAGAGGUGAUUCUGAUCUUGAAGAAGGUAAUAUUACUCAAAAGACCUUGGAAAAACCCGAGGUUGAACAUAAAGAGUAG